AUGGACGCGGCUUUGGAGAAUGUCUUAAAGGAUUGCGUCGAGCAGAAAGAAAAAAUGGAAGCUGCUCUUGAAGAAGCAGUUACUGCUACGACUCACCAAGAGGUCAAUGCUGGCUUGGAUCUCUUCAAGCCCAGGGAACCCAAAGAACCGGCCAAAGUUGAGAAGGAUUCGCCGCCGAAUGUCCUGGAAACCUUCGGCAAAAUCGCCAGGAAUCCCUUCAAUGUUGGGAAGAAAGAUGACGAAUUAGAUAAUGAAAAACAAGAUCAAAAGGAUAAACCUGGUUUAUUUGAUUUAUUUAAAAAUAAAGAUGAAGAAAUUAAAGAAAAACCACCAGAUGAAAUUCAAACUAACGUUAAAGAAGAAGAAAAGCCUCCACAAGAUAACAACAAUAUAUUUAAUAUUUUAAAUAAAACCAACGAUAACAUAUUCGAUCCUUUCCAUUUAAAGGAUCAAAUUGAAAGCAUACAAGAUGCAGUUAAAAAAGCCAAUAGUCAAAAUAUUUUUGAAACGAUUCACAUUCAAAUGGAGGAAAUAAAAGAUACUUUAAUUGAUCCCUUACAUUUAAAGGAUACAAUUGAGCAUAUACAGGAUACUGUAAAAAAUACUAAUGAAGGUGAAAAAUUAAUUGAAAAUGUUCAGAAGAAAAUGCAAGAUGUUAAAGAAAACUUACUGGAUCCAUUACAUUUAAAGAAUAAAAUCGAAAAUCUUCAAGAUACCGUUAAAAGUACAAAUGAAAGUGGAAAUAUAUUUGAUAAUAUGAAUAAAAAAAUGCAGGAAAUACAAGUAAAAUUACCCGAUCCUCUACAUUUAAAGGACAAAAUUGAAAAUAUACAAGACAAAGCCAAAAAUACUACUGAAGGUGGAAAUAUAUUUGAGAAUAUUCAUAAUAAAAUGCAAGAAUUUCAUGAUAAUUUACCGGAUCCUUUACAUCUAAAGGACAAAAUUGAAGAAGUAAAAGAUAAAUUAAAAAUUAACAACGAUAGCGGCAACAUUUUCGAAAAUAUUCAUAAUAAAAUAGAAGAAUUUAAAGAAAAUUUACCUGAUCCGUUAAAUUUGAAGGAUAAAAUUGAAGAUGUAAAAGAUAAACUAAAGAUUAAUAAUGAAGGUGGAAACAUCUUCGAUAAUAUUCAAAAUAAAAUGGAAGAAAUAAAAGAUAAUUUACCCGAUCCAUUAAAUUUGAAGGACACAAUCGAAGAUUUUCAAGAUAAUAUGAAAAAGAUUGUAGAUGUUAAUAACAUUUUACCAGAUCCACUCAAAUUAAAGGGUAACAUCCAACUGACCAAGGAUCUCGUCAAGAACAUCGACGAAAACAACAAGAAGAUCAUCGCUGCUCUACCAGACCCUCUAGGUCUAAAAAGCAAACUCCCCGACGUCGGAAAAGCAUUCGCAGAACAAGGCGUAGCAGGUGGCUUUAGCGCAAUUGGAAAAAGCUUCCAGAUAAUACUUAGCGAAAUUACGAAAGUUGCCAAACCGGGUCCCCAUCAGACUGUCUUUUUAGGAAACUUGAUGAUCCAACUAAACGUGUUGAAAGAAGCGUACAAAGAGCACGUCGCUAUAACUAUCACUAAAAAUAGAGAGUGGUUAAUAAUAGCCGCUCUUAUAUCGGCGUUGAGAAACCUAGAUGCAGAAGCCGUAAAAAAAUGCCUGGAAGAAUUCAAAAAAGACGAGCCGAAGUACAAAGAAAAACUGGCUAAGGGCAUCGCCCGGAACGCCACUUGGCCCAUCCGGACGGCGUUCGAUUUGCCCGCUGAAAGCGAUUCCACAAAUCCCUCUCUGCUAUUACAACCCGAGACACCGUACUUAACCUUAGCCCUGGCCGAUAUGGAAUUAUCCAGCGUGGUUUCGCUGUUGCUUUUAUUCAUGGCGCAAGAUUUGCUCUGCGCCCCGUCGACCGUGCUCAUGAAGAUCCUGUGGACUGUUCUGAAAAGCGCCAUUCUGAGCUAUUGCCCGCCCUUGGCGAUCGUUUUGAAAUAA